UUCUUUUCAGCUUCAGUCAGUGUACGAGUCUUGAAGAGAAAUUAGAUCUCGAAGCCAUCAAAAGCGGCUGCUGCUCCUCUCUCUCUCUUCCUGGGUCCAGCAUCCAUCAUCUCUUUCACAUCCCCAACUCCGGCUAGAAUCCAUGGCUGAUAAUCUUAAAGUUCAUUCCUUUGAAGAGGUUUCCAAGCACAAUAAUCAGAAGGAUUGCUGGAUGAUCAUCUCCGGAAAGGUGUACGAUAUCACCAAUUUCUUGGAUGAUCAUCCUGGAGGUGACGAAGUCUUGAUAACAGCAACAGCGAAAGACGCAACUGAAGAUUUUGAGGAUGUUGGUCACAGCAAAGCUGCCAUAGAGAUGAUGGAGCAGUAUCUGGUUGGUGAGAUUGAUGUUGCCACCCUUCCAGGGAAGAAGAAGGAUCAGCACAACCUGUCUUCAAAAGGAUCAUCAGCAGAAAAUGACUCAUCUUCCACCUUUAUAAAGAUACUGCAGUUUCUCGUGCCCCUCUUGAUAUUGGGUUCGGCAUUUGUUUUGAGGCAAUAUGGCAAAAACGAGUAAGUACUGCAUCAGCGUUUGUGUUUGUUUGUUUUUUCAAAUAAGUUGUUUAGCCCUUGCCCGUUUUCAAGGUAGGAGAAUCUGGAUCAUAAAAAUUGCGUAAUGGAAUUUGUGUUAACAUCAGUUAUUGCAGCAGUCAUUGUAUUAUCAUUUUGGAUUCA